UAAAGGCAACUCCAAACCCAUUUAAUCAAAUAACUCGCCCACGCCACCGGCCCACCGCACCUUCCACUGCCAAAAAAAAAGUAAAAUUAAAAAAAAUAAGAAACCCCAACAAAAUUCCCUCCACCGCCGGAGACGCCGUCGUAAUCCGCCAUUACGCCGGUGCCUCCGACUCCCGCACUGCACAGUAAAUAAAAUCCGCGACGAGAUCAACGAAAAAAAAAUAAAAAAUGACACGCGGCUGCAAGCUCUCAUUCCACGUCGGCGUCGUGAUAGCCGCAAUCACUUACAUCUACUUCUCCACAGUGCUCGUCUUCAUCGACCACCGGUUCGGGCUCGGGUCCUCCCCCGGAAUGCUACACGGCGCCGUUUUCACUUUCUUAGCUGUCAUGUGCAUCUCCAGUUAUCGGCUCGCCGUUUACACCGAUCCGGGUCGGGUACCCGGUUCUUUCGUACCCGAUGUGGAGGAUUCCGAUAGCCCGAUCCAUGAGAUCAAACGCAAGGGCGGUGAUUUAAGGUACUGCCAAAAGUGUUCACACUAUAAGCCUCCUCGGGCCCACCAUUGUCGCAUAUGUAACCGUUGUGUUCUACGAAUGGAUCACCAUUGCGUUUGGAUGAACAAUUGUGUCGGACACGCCAACUAUAAAAUCUUCUUUGUGUUUGUCGUUUACGCUGUUAUUGCAUGCAUAUACUCCCUGAUACUGCUCGUUGGUAGUGUGACGGUUGAUUCUCAGCAAGAUGCCGACGAAUCUUUCAGAAUCAUACAUAUCAUUUCAGGGUUACUAUUAGUACCUUUAAGUUUGGCUCUGGUGUUUUUCAUCGGCUGGCAUAUCUAUCUCAUUGUACAAAACAAGACUACAAUCGAGUAUCACGAAGGUGUAAGAGCAAUGUGGCUAGCAGAAAAGGGAGGCAAUCUCUACUCACACCCAUAUGAUAUUGGUGCAUAUGAGAAUUUGACAGAAAUUUUGGGCCCGAAAAUGAUUUGGUGGCUGUGGCCCACAUCAGAGCAUGUUGGUUCAGGGCUUCGUUAUCGGACAAAGUAUGAUAAACUUAUGGGAUCACCCACUCCAGAUUGAAAGUCGAUUUUCAGACAUGUUUUUCUACUGACCAAACGUCUUUGAAUCAAUUUUCUAGUACGAGUUUAGUUCUUGAUUUCUA